CUGCCAGUGAGGAGAUGAUUUUAUUGCAGUCAGCCAGUAACCACACUGGGCUACAGACCAGCAUUAGUAACAGCGAGACUGCCCUGUGUGCAGUGCGUCAUAGGAACCUUAGAGCCCCGCCUCUCCGCUGGGGGAACGUGUUCAAGGUUGCACAGGGCAGAAGUGAAAAGUUAUCGCAAAGGAUUAUGGGAGCUAAGUUGCUGUCCUUGUAGUUAGAGUGCGGACCAUGCUGAGGAUCCCUGUGUGGCGGACAGUGUGUGCAGCAUUAUCCUCCCGGGGGCCAGCCGGCCGCCUGCGGACACUGCAUGUGAGUGUGAGCCGGCCAUCCCAAGAGCCCAGCGCCGCGAUAGACCCAGCAUUACUGGAAGUCCUGGUCUGUCCGCUCUCCAGGAAGCCAUUGAGGUGACACCUGACAUUACCUGUCUGUCUGUCUGUGUUAGAGGGGAUCAGACAUUGUCUGACAUUACCUGUCUGUCUGUCUGUGUUAGUGGGGAUCAGACAUUGUCUGACAUUACCUGCCUGUCUGUCUGUGUUAGAGGGGAUCAGACAUUGUCUGACAUUACCUGCCUGUCUGUCUGUGUUAGAGGGGAUCAGACAUUGUCUGACAUUACCUGCCUGUCUGUGUUAGUGGGGAUCAGACAUUGUCUGACAUUACCUGUCUGUCUGUGUUAGUGGGGAUCAGACAUUGUCUGACACUACCUGCCUGUCUGUGUUAGUGGGGUUCAGGGAUUGUCUGACAUUACCUGCCUGUCUGUCUGUGUUAGUGGGGUUCAGGGAUUGUCUGACAUUACCUGCCUGUCUGUCUGUGUUAGUGGGGUUCAGGGAUUGUCUGACAUUACCUGCCUGUCUGUCUGUGUUAGUGGGGUUCAGGGAUUGUCUGACAUUACCUGCCUGUCUGUCUGUGUUAGUGGGGUUCAGGGAUUGUCUGACAUUACCUGCCUGUCUGUCUGUGUUAGUGGGGUUCAGGGAUUGUCUGACAUUACCUGCCUGUCUGUCUGUGUUAGUGGGGUUCAGGGAUUGUCUGACAUUACCUGCCUGUCUGUCUGUGUUAGUGGGGUUCAGGGAUUGUCUGACAUUACCUGCCUGUCUGUCUGUGUUAGUGGGGUUCAGGGAUUGUCUGACAUUACCUGCCUGUCUGUCUGUGUUAGUGGGGUUCAGGGAUUGUCUGACAUUACCUGCCUGUCUGUCUGUGUUAGUGGGGUUCAGGGAUUGUCUGACAUUACCUGCCUGUCUGUCUGUGUUAGUGGGGUUCAGGGAUUGUCUGACAUUACCUGCCUGUCUGUCUGUGUUAGUGGGGUUCAGGGAUUGUCUGACAUUACCUGCCUGUCUGUCUGUGUUAGUGGGGUUCAGGGAUUGUCUGACAUUACCUGCCUGCCUGUCUGUGUUAGUGGGGUUCAGGGAUUGUCUGACAUUACCUGCCUGCCUGUCUGUGUUAGUGGGGUUCAGGGAUUGUCUGACAUUACCUGCCUGUCUGUGUCUGUGUUAGUGGGGUUCAGGGUUGUCACGGCGUACCUGCCUGUCUGUCUCUGCAGUGUUAGUGGGGUUCAGGGGAUUGUCUGACAUUGCCUGCCUGCCUGUGUUGGGGAUCGAGACAUUGUCUGACAUUACCUGUCUGUCUGUCUGUGUUAGUGGGGAUCAGACAUUGUCUGACAUUACCUGCCUGUCUGUCUGUGUUAGUGGGGAUCAGACGUUGUCUGACACUACCUGCCUGUCUGUGUUAGAGGUGGGUUCAGGGGAUUGUCUGACGUGCCUGUCUGUGUUAGUGGGGUUCAGGGAUUGUCUGACAUUACCUGCCUGUCUGUCUGUGUUAGUGGGGUUCAGGGAUUGUCUGACAUUACCUGCCUGUCUGUCUGUGUUAGUGGGGUUCAGGGAUUGUCUGACAUUACCUGCCUGUCUGUCUGUGUUAGUGGGGUUCAGGGAUUGUCUGACAUUACCUGCCUGUCUGUCUGUGUUAGUGGGGUUCAGGGAUUGUCUGACAUUACCUGCCUGUCUGUCUGUGUUAGUGGGGUUCAGGGAUUGUCUGACAUUACCUGCCUGUCUGUCUGUGUUAGUGGGGUUCAGGGAUUGUCUGACAUUACCUGCCUGUCUGUCUGUGUUAGUGGGGUUCAGGGAUUGUCUGACAUUACCUGCCUGUCUGUCUGUGUUAGUGGGGUUCAGGGAUUGUCUGACAUUACCUGCCUGUCUGUCUGUGUUAGUGGGGUUCAGGGAUUGUCUGACAUUACCUGCCUGUCUGUCUGUGUUAGUGGGGUUCAGGGAUUGUCUGACAUUACCUGCCUGUCUGUCUGUGUUAGUGGGGUUCAGGGAUUGUCUGACAUUACCUGCCUGUCUGUCUGUGUUAGUGGGGUUCAGGGAUUGUCUGACAUUACCUGCCUGUCUGUCUGUGUUAGUGGGGUUCAGGGAUUGUCUGACAUUACCUGCCUGUCUGUCUGUGUUAGUGGGGUUCAGGGAUUGUCUGACAUUACCUGCCUGUCUGUCUGUGUUAGUGGGGUUCAGGGAUUGUCUGACAUUACCUGCCUGUCUGUCUGUGUUAGUGGGGUUCAGGGAUUGUCUGACAUUACCUGCCUGUCUGUCUGUGUUAGUGGGGUUCAGGGAUUGUCUGACAUUACCUGCCUGUCUGUCUGUGUUAGUGGGGUUCAGGGAUUGUCUGACAUUACCUGCCUGUCUGUCUGUGUUAGUGGGGUUCAGGGAUUGUCUGACAUUACCUGCCUGUCUGUCUGUGUUAGUGGGGUUCAGGGAUUGUCUGACAUUACCUGCCUGUCUGUCUGUGUUAGUGGGGUUCAGGGAUUGUCUGACAUUACCUGCCUGCCUGUCUGUGUUAGUGGGGUUCAGGGAUUGUCUGACAUUACCUGCCUGCCUGUCUGUGUUAGUGGGGUUCAGGGAUUGUCUGACAUUACCUGCCUGCCUGUCUGUGUUAGUGGGGUUCAGGGAUUGUCUGACAUUACCUGCCUGUCUGUCUGUGUUAGUGGGGUUCAGGGAUUGUCUGACAUUACCUGCCUCUGUCUGUGUUAGUGGGGUUCAGGGAUUGUCUGACAUUACCUGCCUGCCUGUCUGUGUUAGUGGGGUUCAGGGAUUGUCUGACAUUACCUGCCUGCCUGUCUGUGUUAGUGGGGUUCAGGGAUUGUCUGACAUUACCUGCCUGUCUGUGUUAGUGGGGUUCAGGGAUUGUCUGACAUUACCUGCCUGUGUCUGUGUUAGUGGGGUUCAGGGAUUGUCUGACAUUACCUGCCUGUCUGUCUGUGUUAGUGGGGUUCAGGGAUUGUCUGACAUUACCUGCCUGCCUGUCUGUGUUAGUGGGCUUCAGGGAUUGUCUGACAUUACCUGCCUGCCUGUCUGUGUUAGUGGGGAUCAGGGAUUGUCUGACAUUACCUGCCUGCCUGUCUGUGUUAGUGGGCUUCAGGGAUUGUCUGACAUUACCUGCCUGCCUGUCUGUGUUAGUGGGCUUCAGGGAUUGUCUGACAUUACCUGCCUGCCUGUCUGUGUUAGUGGGGAUCAGGGAUUGUCUGACAUUAACUACCUGCCUGUCUGUGUUAGUGGGGAUCAGACAUUGUCUGACAUUAACUACCUGCCUGUCUGUGUUAGUGGGGAUCAGACAUUGUCUGACACUACCUGCCUGUCUGUGUUAGUGGGGAUCAGACAUUGUCUGACACUACCUGCCUGUCUGUGUUAGUGGGGAUCAGACAUUGUCUGACACUACCUGCCUGUCUGUGUUAGUGGGGAUCAGACAUUGUCUGACACUACCUGCCUGUCUGUCUGUGUUAGUGGGGAUCAGACAUUGUCUGACAUUACCUGCCUGUCUGUCUGUGUUAGUGGGGAUCAGACAUUGUCUGACAUUACCUGCCUGUCUGUGUUAGUGGGGAUCUGACAUUACCUGCCUUGUCUGUGUUAGUGGGGUUCAGGGAUUGUGUUCUCAUAGGACACCCCUUCCCCUUUCAUUUUCAUUCAGGUUAACAAGCUUGUAGUCUUCCUAUUGAAUGCACAAUCACUGACAUAUCCAACCUGAGUGUUCUUUUAGUGAUUGCCCUUUAUAUGUAAAGGGAAAUUGAAACAACAUUACUAGUACAGCUCAGUGCAGUGGUUAUCAUGGCAACAGUCGAGGAAUGCCAUCCUUUGAUGUUGUGGGUGUGUUCUUGUAGCUGUUUGUUGUUUUUUAGUAUAUUUGUGUGUUUCGACUCAGGCACUUAGAGACUGCCUUCCACAGCAACUUGAUAUGACCCCCACCCAAGCUGACAUAACUUCCACUUAUACAUAAUCACUAUCAGUUUUGUACAGUUAUAUGCUAAGUAUGCAGGGCCAGGGGGAAAUGAGGAGAGGUGCUCAUAUAUUCUUGACUGGUUAACCUCUACAGUAAGUUGUAGUGGUUAUGUUUGCUUAGACUGCCUCUCUAAGACAGACAUCACAAUGGUAACUGUACUAUUCUUGUUUUAAUAAGUGUUCUAUGUCUUAACUGUACAAAGUUUCUUGUCUGCACCCUAACCCCAUUUUCAUGAUAUACUUUCAUUUCAGAAUAUAGGUCUCAAUUUAAUAAGCUUUCCAAAUGAUUCAAUACUGUUAGAAACACUUUUCAAAUGAUUUAUUGACAAAUAAUCACAUAGACUUUAAUGUUAGAAAUGUAGAAAAUAAUGCAGGCACUCCAAAGUAUCCCAUAAAAAGGCAACUUGACAAAGAUCUUAGGGAUGAAACGUUGUUUUGGUUCGUGGGUCCAAUAAAAGUUGCCUUUUUUGGGGAUACUUAAGAGUGCCUGGAUUACUUUCUACAUUUCUACUUCUACUUUUGGUCCUCUGGUACUGGGACUGAUCCAACUAGCACCCAAGGAUUCCUUAGAUGAAGGGUUUGAGUGCAGUUUCACAAUUUAUCUAUGGAUAGACUUAAAUCACAAGUUGUUGUUUUGUUCUUGUUUUUUUUUAUAAACAAUAUUGAGUUUUUGGGAAAACGUAUCAAAUUGAGGCCACGGUAGCAAUAUGAAAAGAAAAAUGUCUUUCCAUGGCAGCACUACAGUUUUUCCUCUCUAGUGAUUUUUCUCCUUUUAUUCCUCCUGGAAUUUAUUCUUUAGGAGGGAUAAGAAGUUGGUAGCCACUAACAAAAUGGACAUAGGAUUUAUAUCCCCUCCUAUUAUUUUGUGGCUCACUUGGGUUUAAUUUUACCCCUGCCCAUGCCUCAGGACACUGCGCCUCACCAAGGGCGACCCCCCCGAAGGACUCUCCCCUUAGCGACCGUGGAGUUAUGCUGCAGUGAUCCUACAGGUAGCAGCCGGACGUGCCAGUGACAGUAAGGUGAUAAUUCCCAGGUAAGGGUCCACCUAUUUCAGUUAAGCCUUGAGGCUAUUCUGGCUUUCCCAUACGUAUGUUAUGUGGAGGAUUUAAAUGCAGUUUACCUCUAAGGGGGUUUUCUUGCAAUCUGCCCAUGGUAUUUCUCUAAUUGGGGGACUCCCUCUUUUAAUCUCCCUGGUCUGCUUUACCUCUUCGGGUUUUCGUAGUUGCCUUGUGGAGCCUGUGAUUAGGAUCCACCGGCUGCAUCAAGAGGCAUAUGAAAGGUUUGAAAGAUCCUAUGUCCAUUUUGUGAGUGGCUACCAACUUCUUAUCCCUCCUAAGGCAUUAAUUCCAGGAGGAAUAAAAGGAAGCAAUCACUCGAGAGAGGAAAAAACUGUAGUGCUACCAUGGCCUAUAUCCGGGAAAAGAAAAUAUCGGUGAGUAUGAAUUAAUUUUCUAUUUUAACAUACAUUUUCACAGGCCAUGAAACCAAGUAAAUGUUGUUUGUGUUUUUUUUUUUUUUUUUACCCCUUAAAACCGGAGUGCGUACUAUUACGCCCUAUUCUAAGCGGCUCUAAACGCCGCAGGGCGUAAUAGUACGCCCUCCGUUUUUUGUUACCCAGUCGCCGGCGGUCCGGGUACUCACCUGGGAUCCCAGGGAGUCCCCCGCGGCGGAUCCUGCCACCUCCGGCCAUGUGAGAGUGAGGUACUUGCGAGGACCUCACAAUCACAUGGCCGGGUUAGCUGGCUGCUGCAUUGCCAGCAGGGGGACUGCCUAUAAUGACAGUCCCCCUGCUGGCUGAAUUCAAAUAAAAUAAAGCCAAAAUCAGUGUAAAAAAAAAUAAAUUGUAUACUUAGAUCAUAUAUAAUAUAUACAUACACACACAUACACUGUCUAGGUGUAUUUUACUAUUAAAAUAAAUAAAUAUAUAUAUAUAUAUAUAUAUAUAUAUAUAUAUAUAUAUAUCUCUCUAUCUAUCUCAAAUUACACGUAGACUGAUACUGAUUAAAUAUAUAUAUAAUUAUUGUGUUAUAUAUAUAUAUAUAUAUAUAUAUAUAUAUAUAUAUAUAUAUCUCUAUUAUAAAAAAAUAUGUAAAUGUUAAAAAAUAAAAUUAAAAAAAUAAUUAAAAAUAAAUAAUUAAAAAAUAUAUAGAUGUGCUAUUUCGUUCUAACUGUAGUGUGAUAUUAAUAUAUAUUUAUAUCAAAAUACACGUAGAACAAAAUAACAUAUACAUCUAUAUACAUAAAUAUAUACGUAUAUAUCACUAUAUUAGGGAUUUAGUUUAGGGAAUUUAAUUUGCUAGCACUAUAUUUAACCCUAUAACUUUCCAAGACACCAUAAAACCUGUACAUGGGGGGUACUGUUUUACUCGGGAGACUUCGCUGAACACAGAUAUUAGUGUUUCAAAACAGUAAAAUGUAUUACAACGAUGAUAUCGCCAGUAAAAGUGAAGUUUUUUGCAUUUUUCACGCACAAACAGCACUUACACGGACAAUAUUAUUGCUGUGAUACUUUUUACUGUUUUGAAACACAAAUAUUUGUGUUCAGCGAAGUCUCCUGAGUACAACAGUACCCCUCAUGUACAGGUUUUAUGGUGUUUUCAAAAGUUACAGCAUCAAAUAUAAGGCUUUUUUCAUUUUUUUUCACAUUAAAAUUCUCCAGAUUGGUUACGUUGCCUUUGAGACCCUAUGGUAGCCCAAGAAUUAAAAUUACCCCUAUGAUGGCAUACCAUUUGCAAUAGUAGACAACCCAAGGUAUUGCAAAUGGGGUAUGUCCAGUCUUUUUUAGUAGCAACUUUGGCCAGUGUUUAUGACCAAAUGGCUACUAAAAAAGACUGGACAUACCCCGUUUGCAAUACCUUGGGUUGUCUACUAUUGCAAAUGGUAUGUAAUUAUGGGUGUAAAUUUUAAUUCCUGGGCUUUCAAUUUCAAAUGUAACUUCCCAAAACACCAUAAAACCUGUACAUAGGGGGUUCUGUUUUACACUGUUUUACAUUUUAUUGCAGUAAAAGAAAACAGUAUUAUGACAUGGACAGUUAAAAUGUCAUGUAGAACUAAAAAAAUAACAAUUUCUUAUUUUCUCCCAUUUUUUUUUCAUAUUAAAUUGUUUCAUAGCUAAAUAUUUGAUAUUAAAUGAAAGCCCUGUUUCCCCUUAAUAAAAUGAUAUAUAAUAAGGGUGGGUGUAUUAACAUGAAAGAGGUGAGUUACGGUUGGACAGACAUAUAGCGCAAAUGCCAGGUUUUGUUUGCGUUUUGUUUUGUUCACAACAUGUACAUUUGGCUCAGUCCUUAAGGGUUUAAAUUGUUUUGUUUUCCCAGCAUUUACUAUUCAUUGCUUUCCUCUUUGUUUAGGUAUGAAGAAUCCACUAAUGAGCUAAUUAAUGAUGAGCUGGGUAUCUCCUACCCUAUUGUAGAUGGAAUACCUAAUAUGACUCCUCAGGAUGCAAGAAUGAUUCACAAAGAUCAGAAGCCAAAGGCAACUGACGACACAUCAUAGAUGUAAUUGCAUGAAGCUUCGUCGGACACCAUGAUCCUGUCCCUACCAACUCUGACUGUGCUUGUCCCUUUGCUGUCAUUGGCUGGUUUAUUUUACUCUGCAUCAGUAGAAGAGGAUUUCCCUCAAGGAUGCACAAGCACAGCAAGUGUGUGUUUUUACAGCCUCUUGCUUCCAAUCACUCUGCCUGUGUAUGUGUUUUUUCAUUUGUGGACAUGGAUGGGAAUUAAACUUUUCAGGCACAAUUAACACAUAACUCUAUGGAAGGAGCUGCUUCUUUGUUAUAUUUAGAUUUCAGCAUUCACAGAGGCUAAAUGUUGAGAUACAUACUUGCCAUGGCAUUACUGUAACAUGUCAGCUAAACGUCUUCUUUUUUUUGUUCAAGCUGCUUCUAGUUACUGUUUAAUUUAUAACCUACAUUUCUAUAAUGCCUGGGGCUCUCGACUGUUUGGGGUUUAUUGAAAUUAAGCCAAUUUAUGGCAGUGUACAAUCAAUUUAUCAGCUUUACUAAUGUAUGAAUAAACAAACAUCUUAACAUAUGUCUUCUGUCCAGUGAGCUUUAGGGCUUUAUGAACAUGUCAUUUUCACUGAAAGAACGUAUUCACAGUUACUGGCUGGUUGUGGGGGGGGGGAGGGGGGCUGUGCUUAGAUCGUAAGUGCGCUAAUCAGCAAUAUGUACUAUAGGGUGCAAAAUACUUAACAUGGGAAAAUAAAUACAAAUUCUACACUGCUGUUUUGGCCUUAAAGGAGCACUAUAGGGUUAUUAGGUCUCGCUCGUGUUCCCUCCCCCCCUCCCCAAUCUGGCUGGUUAAAACCCCUUCAGCCACUUACUUUAAUCCUUAAAAGGUAUGAAAACAGUGAUAUAUUUGAUUAAGAAGAUAUUCCCUACGCUUGAGCAUCACAUGUAAUGUACAAAGGACUAUGUAAUUCCCUGAAUAGAGGAGUAUCACGGUCUGUUUUAUAUCCUGCACUAUAAUUGCAAUCUAUAGCAAACAAUAUUUGUGGCAAUAUGUGUUAAAGGGAAAAUGCUACAUUUAUGCAUAAUUAUGACAUGUAUGAACAUUGUAAAGUCUAUUUUGUACCAAAAACUAUUUGACAGAGCUUGCAUGGCAAUUGGUAUAACUUUUUUUUUUUUUUUUUUACUUUAUUUUGUUUUAGGCAGUAGGUUAAACAUUACAUCUGCAUAUAGACAAUUAAAAUAACAAUCCAUAUUGCUUUGAUUCAUUGUGUUAUAACUGGUUUAUGAACUUAACCGUUGUAACAACUUGGUCAGUAUUUUUGCAAUUAUGAUAAUAUAGGUAUAUG